CCGGGCACAGGGAACCGAGCCCGACACCGAAACCAGCCCCGGGAACCGAACCGGGCACGCCCCUACGAGCGGCUGCUGAGCGGCCCCUGAGGGAGCCCCGGGCAGAGAGCAACAGAGCCCAUCCAGAAUCCUUCCAGAAUGUGGCCUGAGUGAGAGGGGGGCAUGAGGAAGGCACUGUCAGCACCUGAGGCAGCUGUGGUGUGCAGCAGACACUCAGUCUCCUGAGCUGAGCUAAACAUUCCCAUGUUUAACCCCCCAGGAUGCCUGAGAGCCAGGGGAAGGACAGUGAGAGCUGCAGCAGCAGCAGCUCCAACACUGGGGACUCAGUGGCUUCCUUUGGACAGUACCAGUACACGGCCAGCGAGUACCGAGCCAUCCAGCACGCGCUGCGCCAGAGGCUGGGCCCCGACUACAUCAGCAGCAGGCAGGCAGGAGGAGGGCAGAAGGUCUGUUACAUUGAGGGUCACAAGGUCAUCAGUCUGGCCAAUGAAAUGUUUGGCUUCAAUGGCUGGGCUCACUCAGUCACUCAGCAGAAUGUUGACUUCGUUGACCUCAACAAUGGCAGGUUCUACGUGGGUGUCUGUGCUUUUGUGAGAGUUCAGCUUAAGGAUGGGUCAUACCACGAAGAUGUGGGGUAUGGAGUCAGUGAAGGCCUGAAGUCUAAAGCCUUAUCCUUAGAAAAGGCAAGGAAGGAGGCAGUAACAGAUGGACUGAAGAGAGCCCUCAAGUGCUUUGGCAAUGCCCUUGGGAACUGCAUCCUGGACAAGGACUACCUGCGAGCCGUCAACAAGCUGCCCCGGCAGGUACCCCCUGAGUUAGACUUGGUCAAAGCUAAAAUGCAGGACUAUGAGCCUGAAAUAGAGCAAGCAAGAUACAGCAGCUAUGUGGAAAGGCAGAGUGCAGCAGGGAGACAGCCCUGUGAGGUGACACCUGGCUGCAAGCCUGGCCAGACAGAGGCUGCUGUUGUGACAGCAGAUCAGAAACAGCCCAGUGCUCCCAGGAGCACAGACUCCUUGGCCAUGGAGUGUGAUGCCACUUACCAGAGGAAGCUGCGCCAGAAGCGGCUGCAGCAGCAGUUCCGGGAGCAGAUGGAGAAAAGGCAGCAGGUCCCAGGAGUCACUGCCAGCAGCAAACAGGCAAAAUCUGAUGCUCCUGUGAAGCACAGCACUCCAACAGAAGUGCAACAGGAGCUGGCCAUAGAAGAGGAGUUCUUUGCAGAUGAUCCUGAACUUUGGGACAUCUCCUUGGAGAGCACUGACCUGAAGGUGACGGGUGCCAAGAUGUCAGAGCCCUCAGGGGCUGCACAGCUGGCACCUGGGACACCCCGUGGCCAGCAGCAGAGGACACCCCACAGGGGGAACCAGCACAGAGCUGCUGCCAGGCUGGCACAGCUGCAGGGCCCUGCUGCAGCCCCCUGCACCAGCUGUGCCCCCCAGCACACCCCAGGGUGCAGCCCCAUCAGGAGAAGUCAGAGCUUGAAGAAAAGGAGACUGGAACCCACGUGAGGGAUCUGUGCCUCUGUCAUGGAUUACAGCACAAGGCUGCAGCUGCCUUUCCAAAUUGUGUCACAUGGACUCUGCUGCACAUUAUAGUGAAGCAACAGAAAAGAACUUCAUGUACUCUCAGGUUAUUAUAUACUUCAGAUGCCUUUCCCUAUAACCACACCAUUAUUUGUGCUUCUGCAGCACGAGACUUGUGGCCAUAUUACAUUGGGUAUCACCUGUAAAUUGCCUUAAGCAGUAACAGAAUGGAUUUUGAAAAUGAGAUGCAGCUCACAGCUUGUCUCUCCCUCAGUGCUGCAUGCCAGCACAGAGAUUUCCAGUGCAAGGGGGAGCAGGGGGCUGUGGGCAGGGGACAGAAGGUGCAAGCUGUGGCUGCACACCCAGGGUGGCACUGGUGGUGUCUGAGGUGCUGCACCACUGUUUUUAA